AUGCAACACGAUGAGGUCGGUUGUAGGCUUAUGAUGAAAACACACGUGCUUCGUGAUCACUUUGAAACUCGAUUUGAUAAGAAGAUUUGUGAAUGAUCGCCGGUGUACUCCUGUUGUUUAAAACGUUUCUCGUACAUUUAUGAGCUAGCCUGUGGUUGAAGUAUUGUUUCUUUUUUUAAAGGUGAUUUGGCAAGUCAUUAAUCACGGGUUCUGUUCAUUUAAAGUAAAGUAAGUCUAUCAUUAUUAUCACGUAUUUGUCUGUAAUAGAAGUUUAAAUUGGCGAAGGAUCGCACAUACUGGCUAUUGCUAUAAUCUUAUAGCAUCGAAUCAUUGUGAUAAACUUCAAAGGCAUAACUACUGUUCUAAUUUUUCAUUGCAAAUUAGAGCGGGUGAUAAAGUUGCUUUUGUUGUUUUGCAGAACUACUACUCAGAAAUUUUGUAGAAAUGAGAAUAAUGUUACAGGGCUGUGCAGCAAACAGGCUUGCCCAUUGGCAAACAGCCGAUAUGCUACAGUUAGAGAGAAGGAUGGUAAGUGAGUAAAAUCGACACUAAAGCUGAGCUUAAAGCAGAUGUCUCUCAAUAGAAAAAUUACUUUCAUUUGCUUUAUGACUGAAGCACAGAGAACGAGAUACCAUUGUUGCAACACCAGGGUUGUAAUCAAUACCCAGUAACAUAGCUUGCCUAUGUUGUAGUCUAAGAAUAUCGCAAAUCAAUACAUACUAAAACAGUUUAGAGAGUUGAAGGCAUGCUCUGAUUGGCUACUCAUACUCUGAAUAUCCUCUUCUAUUCACCUCAGAGCAAUGUACACAGGAUUUGAGCCCAAAUAUAUUGUAAUUGUGGCAAGAAUAAUUGGGUUAAUUCUAAUAUAAGAUUAGUUAUUUUAAGUGAGAAAGCCUGACUUGUUAUAAGCCUCGUGGUUUCUUUCAGGUUUUCUCGCCAUUUAUUUUCUGUCAUCAAUUUUCUUCAUUUUUUUUUUCCAUGUGUAAAUGUCGUAUAUGGCAAAUAAAUAUUGUAUUGUAUUGUAUUGGUUAGAAUCAUCUUUUUGAACUUUAUCAUCUCACUGUUUUGGUAUAUACUAAGACAACUAUUGGUGGAUAUUUACCUUACCACGAAUAUCCACCAUUAGCUACUUCCACUUCAGUGAAUAGUUGUUAAUUAGUAUAAAUCUAUUAGUUUUCAAUCACAGAUGCUGCAAUCUAAUUGGCCAUGCCACUAGCUGUAUAGAUAGUGAAGAAAAAGGGGAAGGUUAACCGUGUGCGGUUGUGGAAAAUAUAAAAUAAUUAAACAGCAGCCUGCCUAGUUAUUAAAUUUUGAACAACAACAUGAUCCAUACUAAAACAAUUUGAUUAUUCUCUCUCGAUUUCUCUGUAUGAUAGUUAUUACUUUGGGCUUUGCCAUCAUCAACUAUCACAGAAUAGAAAUCUGAAGUUUGUUUUCUAAUCAGGAAUUAACCCCAAAGUUAUGCAGUGUGGUCUGUUUUGUGAACAUUAAUAUGUGGUUAAAAGCCAUCUGGCAAGGAUAAGUGUUUCUUUCAUCGCUCUUUUAAUAGACUCCUUAACUCCAAGACACCUAAGAUCUGAUGGGUAAUUCUCCAAUCAAGCUGCUACCUAUUUCUUUCAAUGUCAGUUAAGAGAAUCUGGUUUUACAUCGAGACCAUAAGCUUUGGCCAGGAUGUUUGUCUAUUCUACUCUGAUCGCUUCUUUUCUGGAUGAUCAAGAUAUAUUGUGAACAAGGAGAAAAUUAUGAGAAUUAGGUUUUUGUUUCUCUCUUUAAUUUUUUUAAUUCUCAGCUUUUUUUUUUUUAAUUGCAUAUGUUCUUAACUGCAAAUUGUUUUUCUACUGUUUAUAGGUGUUUGUUAUCUUUAUAUGAAAACAAUAGAGAGGGCCCAUUCUCCUGCCAAGAUGUGGGAAAAAGUGAAACUCUCUAAGAACUACGAGAAAGCUUUGGAACAAAUAGACAAAAACCUAAUAUACUGGCCAAACUUUAUUAUACACAAAUGCAAGCAGAGAUACACCAAAAUUGUACAGGUAAUCAAUCCUGAAGAAGUAAAUAAGUGACAUUAAAUCCCUAACCUUUGUUAAAUUCAUUUUAUAUUGAAUUAAGAGCAGUUUUUACAUUUACAUUCUUCAUGAAUAGCUUUGUGUCAUGGUUCAACCUGAAUGACCAGCAUUAUGUCAUGACACAAUUGUCAUUAUCACCACCAUAAACAAUUCCUUUUUUUAUAACAAUUUUAUUAUAGAAGGUUUUAAUUUGUUUUUGUUGUUGUUUGGUUAUAUCUGAUAAGUACAUGUAGUAUUGAUGAUAGUUUUAAUUAUAGUUGGGAGAAUUUCAAUUUGUUUAUUCACAGAAGUUUAGUACAUUCCAACUCAAGCUAGAAUUUAUAAAGUGAAGUACCUACUCAUUUGAAUAGAAAGUUAUGUUACAUAGAAUUUUUUACUAUUAGUGAUAACCAUAUCAUUUGAUUCCUUUCCCAGUAUUUGAUAAGAAUGCGGAAACUUAGACUCAAAACAAGGUAAGGAAAGUACAGUUUCCCAGUUGUUAUUAAAAGUUUUCAGUACUGAGUAUUUAACUCUGUGAGAGCAAAGAAAAGAUGAUGAUUCUUACUGAUUUAACAAUCAUUAUUUUUGUAUUUCCAGUAAAAAGCUGGUGACAAUCAACAAGAAAGUUGAAAGAAGAGAAAAAACAAGGGAGGUAAGUGCAGUAUCCCAUAAUGCAGGGCUUGGAAAUUAGUGAUUUUGUACAACUAGUGUUGAUAGCAGUUAGCUUUUUAUUGAGAAAAUGCCACUGGAAUUAUCAUUUGGAGGUUCUGUUGGCAAUUAUAGCUCAACAAUCAUUGUGAUGUGUUAUUUUUGUAAUGGAAUCCUUCCCCAUGGGUUUCAUUGUGAAGAAGAAAAGAGAGAUGAGACACAAGGUUUUUGAUUGUAAUAAGAUAAGUGAAGAUGGAGAAAAUCAGUGGUGAAAUAAUGCCGUGUAACAGCGUACAUUGUAAAGCAUGGGACAACCAUGUGGGAGGUUGAGGGUUCAAGCCCCAGGCUGGAAUAACACUCAGGGUCUUGAAAUAACUGAGGAGAAUGUGUUGCUUUUGCUCUUUUCUAUGACAACAGCAAAUGAUUAUACAUUUUAGUCUUCUCGAAAAAAAAGGGAAAUAAACUGAACACUAAUGCCAUAUCCUACAUCUUUUCUGUACUGGUUAGCAGGGGGCAUUAAAGAACCCACAUGCUUUUUACAAAGAGUUGGGUAUAUAGCUCUGGUUGUUGUGGUAUAGCCUUGUUAUUGUUUACACAGGCCCUUGUUUAAACCAGCUUGAAGGUGAACUGGGCCAGCCUGUCUUAAUAUCACAAAUAAACUCUCAAUUAAAUAAACACAUUCUUAGAGAUGGGAACGAUCUGAUGGUAUGGUUUAUGGUGGGGGACCAAAAGUAGUAAAAAAAGACUGAGUUCACAAAGAUUACCACUCUGCUCCUUCCUUAAAAAAAUUAGGAAACUUGGUUUUUUUUUUAGUCUCCUAACAAUUGUUACAAAACUGUUUUAUUUCAGCAUAAGGCUUUGGUUGCUGCACAGCUCGAAAAUGCUAUAGAGAAAGAAUUACUUGAAAGAUUAAAGAAAGGAACAGUAAGUAAUGGUUUACUCUGACACAAAUAAAAUGAACAUGAUUAUUUUCAUCACUGUAGUUUGGAUUUUUACUGGGAGCAUUACAUUGUAAAGUGCAGAUAAACCAAAUAAAAUACAAUAAAUUGACUAUGUUCUCCUGUAGUUCUUACUUUUUUUGAACAAAGAUAUUUCAAUCUAAGUUUUGCUUUGCAUUUUAAAAACUUGUGGUAGUUGGGACAAUAUUUCAGUUGAGGGUAAUUUGUCUUGGUUAUUCCAUGAACCUGCUGACAUCAUUGAUCUGAUAUCUACAUGUAUGUGAUAGUUAAGUGACAGUAAGUUAAAUGACUACAUGUAGGUUAAAAAAAUGGAUAUGAAAUACAGUCUGAAAAGUUCGUAAUUAAAUAUUUUUUGGUGUUUGAUUAUUUUGUUGGCAGUAUGGAGAUAUUUACAAUAUCCCAAGCACCGCAUUUGACAAUGCCUUAGACAAAGAAGAGAUAGAGGAUGAAGAGGAGGAAGAACUUGAAGAAGAAGAUGAGGAGGAUGAGGUAUUGUAUAAGAACAAUUAAUCUUAACAUUUGAGUGUUUUUUUGAUUGACUGAAUCGGCAGUUUUUGACCUGGACAACUAAAACUCGUACAAGCAUUUGCAUGGACUGGGUAAAAGACUAAGCAAUUUUCUCAUGAAUGUAUUGAUACAUUUUCAAAGUUUUUCUAUGCUUUAAAUGAAAAACAAAAUUUUUAAACAGGAGGAAGAGCCUGAGUUUGUGGCUGAAGAUGAGGUUGAUGUCAGUGAUCUAAGUGAUAUCGAGGUAUGGUUUUUGUUUCUCUUUUAAUUGUUGCCUUUUUAUCUAUUUGUCUUUCACAUGUGAUGGUGAUCAAUAUGCAACUUCCCCUGAAUAUGAAAACAUUGUCAAGCACAUAGGCAAGGAGAGUAAAGACAACCAGUGUUUUGAGAGAAAGCUAGAAUCUCCAAACUAACACAAAUUAAAAAUGUAUGGUAGCCUGUAUUAGGACAUGAAAAACGCAUAACAGAAAGUCAAAAUGGAUGAAAUUUUGGUGGCAUGCACUAUUUGUAAUUUGCACUUGUGUCACAACUUUGCCCUUGUGUUACAACUGUGCACUUGAGUUACAUGAAAAUGCACUCAUUUUCAGCUAAUCAGACAUGCAUAAUUUUUUCUUGAACAUUAUUAUUGGAAUGAUUGGCUCAAUAGCAACCCUGAGAUUUUUGGGGAAGAUAUGAAAUGCAUUGGGGAAGGGGAGCUUUGAAAUGGUUAAACUGUCAGGAGACGCUGUCUUGGUAGCUAACCUUUUCAUUUUAUUAAUUAUUUCAGGACUUCCAAGUUGAAGAAGGUGAACAGGAAACAGAGAGUGAAGUUGAGGAAGAAGAGAUUGAAAAACCCCUUACAAGACGUGCAGGACGUAAAGCAAGAGUAGAGAUUGAAUAUGAAGAGGAAAGAGAACCUAAAAGAGCUAAAUUAAAAGCUUAAUUUGUACAGGACUUCAAUUCAGAUAACUUAUUUUUAAUAGGAUCUCAUCAAAGGGAUGUCAGACAAUACACAUUCUUGAUUUAUAUAAAAAAAGAAAGUGAUUUGUAACCCUUGUGGUACCCCAUCUUUGUGGUGAGUUUGUGAGAGGUAAUAAGUUCUAAUAAAAGCUGU